CUCUCCAUCUUUUCUUUUGAACUUCCUGUCAGGAUGUUCUUCUCGGGAAGGCAGUGUGGCCAUGCUGGCAGACCUGAAGAACUUCUACUGAUGUUCAAGAUAUUUCUCAUCAUCAUUUGUCUUCAUGUUGUUCUGGUUACAUCCCUGGAAGAGAAUGCCGAUAAUUCCAGUUUGUUAUCACCAUCUGCUGAAUCAUCUCUUGUUGGUUUUGUCCCCUACUCCAAUGAGGUUGAAACUACAAGCCUAAAUGAUGCUACUUCGAGUGUAUUAUCCACUUUAAACAAAACAGAAAAAACUAAAAUCACUAUAGUAAAAACCUUCAAUGCAUCAGGAGUCAAACCCCAGAGAAAUAUCUGCAAUUUGUCAUCUAUUUGCAAUGACUCAGCAUUUUUUAGAGGUGAGAUAAUGUUUCAAUAUGAAGAAAGCAGUGUUACCCAGAAUCAAAAUCUGGCUAAUGGCACCUUAUCUGGAGUUCUAUCUCUAAGUGAAUUGAAACGAUCAGAGCUAAACAAAACCCUGCAAACCUUAAGUGAGACUUAUUUCAUAGUGUGUGCUACAGCCGAGGCCCAAAGCACAUUAAAUUGCACAUUCACAAUAAAAAUGAAUAAAACAAUGAACAUAUGUGCUGUAAUGGUGGCUUUGAAAAAAGUAAAGAUUCGACCGAUGGAGCAGUGCUGCUGUGCUGUCCGGACACCCUGCCCUUCCUCCCCAGAGGAGUUAGAAAAGCUGCAGUGCGACCUGCAGGAUCCUGUUGUAUGUCUGGCUGGUCAUCCAGACGGCCCACCAUUUUCUCCUAGCGAUUCCAUGCCAGUUGCUCCUCAGGCCACCAUCCUGGCCCAGGUCUCCAGUGCCUUCUCUUUUGCUGAACCUCUAAAUCAUCCACCUGUAACCCAGCACCCUGCCUCUCCAACACGAGUGACUCCCCUUCCUUCUCCCCAGCCUACGGCUCUCGUUGCUUCCAGCCCUGCCGCUGAUAUGCCCCCCAAAUCCGGAACUGUCUCUUCCCCUCUGCCCCAAACUGAUCUCUCCCACACCCUGCCACCUGUGACAUCCUCACUUUCCUCUCCUACCACGUCUGUACCCAAGAGUUUCAUCACGACCAGCACACCUCCUGAGAAGACAGAAAUUGUUUACACCGGCAGCAGCAGUGAUUCUGAUCUUGAGAACCAAGUGUCCCAGAUGGAGAAGGCUCUGUCCUUGGGCAGCUUGGAGCCUAACCUCGCGGGAGAAAUGAUAAACCAUGUCAGCAAACUCCUUCAUUUCCCACCUGCCUUGCUGGCACCUGUGGCCCAAAGAUUGCUAAAAAUAGUGGAUGACAUUGGCUUACAGCUGAAUUUUUCAACCAAGACCAUAACUCUAACCUCCCCUUCUUUGGCUCUGGCGGUGAUGAGAGUGAAUGCUAGUAAUUUCAACACAACUACCUUUGCUGCCCAAGACCGUGCAAAUCUUCAGGUUUCUCUGGAACCUCAGGCUCCUGAGAACAGUAUUGGCAUUAUAACUCUGCCUUCAUCACUGAUGGGUAAUUUACCAGCUAAUGACGUGGAGCUGGCUUCCAGGGUUCAGUUCAACUUCUUUGAAACGCCUGCCCUGUUUCAGGACCCUGCCCUGGAGAACCUCUCUCUGAUCAGCUACGUCAUAUCAUCCAGUGUUGCAAACCUGACGGUCAAGAACUUGACAAGAAAUGUGACAGUUACAUUAAGGCACAUCGAUCCGAGCCAGGAUGACUUAACAGUGAGGUGUGUAUUUUGGGACUUGGGCAGAAAUGGUGGCAGAGGAGGCUGGUCACACGAUGGCUGCUCUGUGAAAGACAGGAAACCGAAUGAAACCAUCUGUACCUGCAGCCACCUUACAAGCUUUGGCGUCCUACUGGACCUAUCGCGAACAUCCUUGCCCCCCACUCAGAUGAUGGCUCUGACGUUUAUCACAUAUAUUGGUUGUGGGCUCUCAUCAAUUUUUCUGUCAGUUACUCUUGUAACCUACUUAGCCUUUGAAAAGAUUCGGAGGGACUACCCUUCCAGAAUCCUCCUCCAGCUGUGUGCAGCCCUGCUGCUGCUGAACCUGGUGUUCCUCUUGGACUCAUGGAUUGCUCUGUAUGACAUGCGAGGCCUCUGCAUCUCAGUGGCUGUAUUUCUGCACUAUUUUCUUUUGGUCUCAUUCACAUGGAUGGGCCUGGAAGCAUUCCAUAUGUACUUGGCCCUCGUGAAAGUGUUUAAUACUUACAUCCGAAAAUACAUCCUCAAAUUCUGUGUUGUUGGUUGGGGGGUACCGGCUGUGAUUGUGGUCAUUGUCCUGGCUAUAUCUCCCAAUAACUAUGGCCUUGGAUCGUAUGGGAAAUUCCCUAACGGCUCACCGGAUGACUUUUGCUGGAUCAACAGCAAUGCUGUGUUCUAUAUUACGGUUGUGGGAUAUUUCUGUGUGAUAUUUUUGCUGAACUUCAGCAUGUUCAUUGUGGUCCUGGUUCAGCUCUGUCGCAUUAAAAAGAAGAAACAACUGGGAGCCCAGCGAAAAACCAGUAUUCAGGACCUGAGGAGUGUUGCCGGCCUUACGUUUUUACUGGGCAUUACUUGGGGUUUUGCCUUCUUUGCCUGGGGACCAGUUAACGUCACUUUCAUGUACCUCUUUGCGAUCUUUAACACCCUGCAAGGAUUUUUCAUAUUCAUCUUUUACUGUGUAGCGAAAGAGAACGUCAGAAAGCAAUGGAGGCGGUAUCUUUGUUGUGGAAAGUUACGGCUGGCUGAAAAUUCUGACUGGAGUAAAACUGCUACUAAUGGUUUAAAGAAGCAGACCGUAAACCAAGGAGUGUCCAGCUCUUCAAAUUCCUUGCAGUCGAACAGUAACUCCACACACUCCACCACGCUGCUGGUGAAUAGCGAUUGCUCAGGCCUUGUGAGCGGGAAUGGGACUGCGUCUUCAGAGAAGAAUGGGGUUUCUUUCAGUGUUCAGAAUGGAGAUGUGUGCCUUCACGAUUUCACUGGAAAGCAGCACAUGUUUAACGAGAAAGAAGACCCGUGCAAUGGUAAAAGCCGUAUCGCUCUCAGAAGGACUUCAAAGCGGGGAAGCUUACACUUUAUUGAGUAAAUGUGAUUCCUUUUUCUAAAAUCAAAGCAUGAUGCUUGACAGCGUGAAAAUGUCCGAUUUUAUCUUUUACACAAUGUGAGAUGUAUGAAAGUCAACUAAUUUUAUACUCGGCAACCUCUGGAGAAGCAUUUGCUAUUUGAGGGCAAUGGUUAUUGGAAGAGGAAACCGAGACCUUGUUCAUGGUUUUUAGACAUUUGUAGUUUGUUUUUUUAUUCUUUAUUUUAAAAAGAAGAUUGGGUUUAAACAACACAGUACGAGUAAGACUUAUUUAAAAUCAAAGUAGUUCCUUUCUAGCCACAUUUCUAAGAGGCUAAGUCGUCUUUGAUAACGUCCUAGAAAGCACCUGUUGACUUCAGCCCAUUGGUGAGUUUAGUGGUGCGUGCCUUUGUUGUAAAUAAGCUAAAUUCUGGUGACCCACAUGUCAAAUAUCUUCUACGUUUUUUGUAUUUAUUUUCUACUGUGUAAAUUUAUUUCUAUGUAGAAUCGUGGUUGUGUUAUUGUGUCUAAUGUGACAAUUCAGAAAAUCCUUGAUGGUUCAGUGAAUUCUAAAGCUCCUUUUGGAGAUUAUAUGGGAUGUGAAAUACAGAAGCUUCACUGAAAUCAAGAAAUAAUGAUGCCAGCCAGACUGGACAAAACGUAAGCAGACAGUGCCAGAAUUAGCUCAUAGAGUGCCUUUGAGCAGCUUGGAAGAAGGUGCCCCACUGGUCAGACACAGCCCCAAGGGCUCAUGGUCUGGCAUACAGAGCGGGGACCAUAGUUUAGCCUCACUCAUCCUUGUGCAACCAUAUGCAGCACCCAAUACCAAUGCCCGUCUCCUGACCUCAUGCCUAGUCCCGGAUCAGGGAAUCUGCACCAAGACGUUUCACUUAGUACCUUGGCCACAGAGAGGGAUGGAACUGUAAUCUAGACCAUCUGUCAGGAAGAUCGUGAAUGUGGAGGAGAUACAAACACUGCCACUUCUCAAGUCCCCAGAGCCUUUCAGAAAAGGGGAGUAGAGUAGGAUUACUUUCUAAAGGAGGUGUGUAUGAGGGAAAAUAAUUGUAUUGCUGUUCUUUA